GCCUGUCGCUGCUGAUCUGGGGUCAGUCUAGACUCAGGUCACAUCAUGGAGCACAUGUCCUCUCCGGUCAGAUUCCGCAGCAAUAAAAAAGUAGCUGCAGCUUUUACAGAAAACCAGUUGUCCAGUCUGUCCAUCGAAGACCAGGCAGACAUACAGUUUCCCUACGCCAUGAGGGAUCUACCUCCCGUCACCCAUCCAGCCGAAAAGUCACAGAAUCAAGACCCCCAUGAGGUGGAGGAUGCUCUGAGCGCUGCCAACGGGAGGCUGCACGGCUAUCCUGGAGCUCCCCCUUCAUCCUGUCCUGUUCCCUGCCCCCCCGCCGCCUCUCCGACGGUCCCUCCCAGGCCCAAUCACGCAGGACGGGACUCCCCACAGGUUCUGCCUCUGAAGAGGCAGCUUGUCUAUCAGGUGUCUCUGGACUCUCCCCUGAGCCCAGCCUCGCGGCCGCGCAGCCCCUGGGGGCUCUUUGACCCCUACGACUCUCCAGAGGAUCAGGACAAAGAGUACGUGGGUUUUGCUACGUUGCCCAACCAGGUUCACAGAAAGACGGUGAAGAAAGGAUUCACGUUCACCCUCAUGGUGGCAGGAGAGACUGGACUUGGCAAAUCAACGCUAAUUAACAGUUUGUUCCUCACGGACCUCUACAAGGACAGAAAGGUUCCCAACGCUGAGGAACGGAUCGGUCAGACGGUCGACAUCGUCAAGCACACCAUCGGCAUCGAGGAGAAAGGAAUCAAACUGUGGCUCUCCAUCGUAGACACGCCGGGGUUCGGAGAUGCUGUCAACAACACGGCAAGCUGGAAGCACGUGGAAGACUACAUCGACCAGCAGUUCGAGCAGUAUUUCAGAGACGAGAGCGGGCUGAACAGAAAGAACAUAAAGGACAACAGGGUCCACUGCCUGCUCUACUUCAUCUCUCCCUUUGGCCACGGCCUCAGACCCAUCGACGUGGAGUGCAUGAAGGCUUUGCAUGAAAAAGUCAACAUAAUUCCUCUCCUGGCCAAAGCCGAUAGCCUGACACACGCAGAAGCCUACAGCAAGAAAUUGAAGAUCAGGGAGGAGAUCAAGCAGUUUGGGAUUAACAUCUACCAGUUUCCAGAGUGCGACUCUGAUGAGGACGAGGACUUAAAGAGACAGGAGCAGACUCUCAAGGACAGCAUACCGUUUGCUGUGAUCGGGAGCAACAUACAGGUGGAGAGCAAAGGCAGGAAGUUCAGGGGACGCUCCUAUCCGUGGGGCGUGGUAGAAGUCGAGAACCCGAUCCACUCAGACUUCCUGCUGCUGCGGAACAUGCUGGUGAGGACGCACAUGCAGGAUCUGAAGGACGUGACGCGGGAGACCCACUACGAAAACUACCGGGCGCAGUGCAUCCAGAGCAUGACCCGCAUGAUGGUGCAGGAGAGGAAACGCAGUUUACGGGAGAAGUUCAGAGACGGGAGCGAGGUGGACUGUCCUCUGCCGCUGGCUGCAGCCGACACGGAGGUGGAGAGGCAGAUUUUUGAGAAGGAUGAAGAACUGAGGAAGAUGCAGGAGGUGCUGGAGAGGAUUCAGGAGCAGAUGCAGCAGAGCCAGAGAGGCAGCUGCUGAUUCUCCCAGACAGACACGGAUCACAGAUGAGCAAACGGAGACUAAAUCUGCUGCGAACGGACCGAGUUCUCUGGAGAAGAAUGAUGCUCCGGAUAAUUAUUUGGUGCAAAAACUGUUGCAGCACGGUACAAUGACCCAGAGGUAAACUGAUUCACAGACGUAAAGGGCUCUACACUGCAAAAACGGAACUAAAAAUAAGUAAAAUAUUCUUAAAAUUAGUGUAUUUGUCCUUGAUUUGAGCAA